AUUGGGCACAGUACAGUCACAGAGGUAAGAAUAAAGUUAUUUUUGUUUUUAUUCCAUUUUUGGGAAAUGAGUGAUCAUUUGGAUAAUAAGGAAGAUGAAAAGCCCGUUGUGGCAAAAACAGCGGUGGAUUUGCAACGUCUGAAGCUUAUGAAAUUAAUGAAAAAUCCGGAAAAACCAGUCUUGCUGCCUGAAAAAACUAAACUGAGGAAUACACCAACCGUACCAGAAUUUGUCCGCAAUGUAAUGGGUAGCAGCGCAGGAGCAGGCAGUGGAGAAUUUCAUGUGUAUAGACAUCUACGACGUAAAGAAUAUUCCCGUCAGAAAUUUAUACAAGAGAAAGGGCAAAAGGAACUUCUCGAUGAAGAGUAUCAUAAAAAAUUAGAUGAAAAUAAAAGGAAAGCAGAAGAAGCAACGAAGAAAAGACGAGCUAAGAGAUUGAAAAAGAGGCAAAAAAUAAAACCAAGUGAAAAAGUUCAAUCAUAUAUAAGUGACAGUGAGCAUCAGGAAGGUGAACAAAAUUACAAGAAGGUGGACGAAUAUUCAUGUUCCGAAAGCGAAGAGGAAAAUAUCGAAAGGGUUAAAAAAAUUAUUGGUAAACAUGAAGAGAUUCUUCGUGAAGUAAAUGAUGUUGCUAGUACAAAUAAGGAAGGUUGUAUCUCUGGAAUAGAUGUCGAUAGAAAAAUUGAAAACGAAACAGAACUUAGGAGCAGUGGACCAAACCAUUGACUCAGUUUGAUGCAUAUUAGAUCUCUUACCAUAUUUUAUUUUAAAUUUCAUGAAUAAAUAAUAAUAAUAUAUUUUCUAUGAUAAUGAA